AUGGUCAAGGCUUACCGCAAAGAUGAGUUUGAUUUUUUCUGGAAUCAAGUUAGGAAGACUGAUAAGAGGGUAAAGUCUUAUCUUGAGGAUGCUAGAUUUGAAAAGUGGAUACGCGUGUAUGCACCUGUUAAUCGUGGUAGAAUGAUGACUUCAAAUAUAGCGGAGUGCAUAAAUGGUAAAUUGAAGCUAGUUAGUGUGUCAUCAACAUAUGUAUAUUCUGUUUAUGAUGACGGGAGGAAGUACAUAGUAUGUCUUGAUAGGAGGACUUGCUCUUGUGGUAUAUUCCAAUUGGACGAGAUAACAUGUGAACAUGCGAUUGCAGUACUAAAAAGCAAGAAUGUAGUUGAUAUGAAGCCUUAUUGUUCAGAGUUUUAUUAUCCUAAAACAUUAAGGAAAAUGUAUGAAGAAUCUAUGUUUUCAAUGCCCGAUAAGAAGGACUUGAUUGUGCCACAAGAAGUUAUGGAUGAAGUUGUGUUACCACCAAAAUACAAACGUCAACCCGGAAGGCCAAAGAAAAAUAGGCACAAGAAAUCAAGUGAAACUAUGACAUCGAGUAGUAAUUGUUGCGGGAGAUGUGGUUAUGCAGGUCAUAACAGGUGUACUUGUAACUUCUUUCCAAAGGAGGACUGA